AAAUCCAAAAAUAAAAAUAGAGGUUUAAAAUCUUCACAUAGUUCUAAGUGAAUGAACGUUUACUUCGUCAAAUUUAAAGUGUGUAAAGUGUAAAGUGUAAAGUGAACAAAACUUUAACUUUGAAAUCUAAUAAAAGGUGAUACACAGUGGUUUCAUCGCAAAACAACUUAUCCAAGUGAAUCUGCCAUGCUUGGCACAAAUGAUUUGAAUACGUUCAGUUUACGUCAAAGUAGCUUAUCUUGAUAAUCAUGAUUGAAAUCAGGACUCUGUGCACAAUGAUAUCGUUGUACGCCCAGAAAAGGUCGGAAUCUAUAUUUCCGUCAACUACGGUCAAGAAGACAGAAAAUUCAACUAAUGAGGAGAAUGGGUUGUUUCAAGCAAUUCGACAGGAAGUUGACGGAAGUGUUUCUGAGUAUAUUUUGAAAAAUGGGACGAAUGAAAUCAACUCAGAAAAUGUAGCAGGUUGGACUCCACUGCACGUUGCAGUGAAUUUAAACAAACCAGAAGUAGUUGAAGUUCUCCUCAAACAUGGAGCUCUAGUCAACAAAGUUAACAGGUUUAAAAACUCCCCUCUACAUCUAGCAGUGAAGAAGAAUGUCUCCAAGGACUCUAGGAUGCUUGACUCUAACCUCAAUGUUAUCCAGCUCCUUCUCGAGGCUGGGGCGGACAGGACGGCCAAGGAUGGGACGACGAGGCUCACGGUCCCUGAGUUGGUCAGGUUCUGGGACAGGGAGGAGCUGUUCUCCUGGUUCGGAAUAAAUCAAGGACGGAGAAGAUCUGUGCAACUAGUUCAGAACGGAUCUGUGAAAUCUGCUCAGUUUACUCUUCGGACAGUUCAUUCUCCAGGUAUUUCUUUUAAAUUGAAAAAAGUUGGAAAAACUGAGAAACAAGAUGACGAAAUAUAUGACUUUGACGAAGAAGAAGGAGAGAUUGAAACUGAAAGGACAACAAUCUCUGAUCUUCUGAACGAUAUUGAAUCCAAGUGCCCGAACUACCAACGCCUUCUCCAUGUAUACGUGGAGAAGGGAGAGGAUGCUAUUGUUAAGGAGUUAAUAUAUCAGGAAGAUAUAGAUCUCAAUGGUUUAAACGAUGCACGGUUAACUCCCCUCCAGGUUGCUAUACAGUCUGGGAACUGGAGUACUGCACAUCUUCUCCUCCAGCAUCCAGAUACAAACCCUGUCCUCAAUCGAAGAGAUCCUGAUCAAGCUCCCUUCAAACAGAGUGUGAUGAAGAAUCAAUGGGAGCUGGCUAGAAUUAUUCUAUCCUCCUUGCAGAAUUGUUGCCUAGAUGUUCUAGACCUAGUUCUCUCCUACUCCGGGUUGGGUCAGGGGAAAAAUGAUGAUUGUCAAAACCUUCUCCUAAUCAAGCAAACAAUACACAAAAUAUUCAAACUGGAAGAUGAAGAAAUAUUUAUUGAAACUUUCGAGAAACAUCUAAAAUCUCAGAGAAUUGGAAAAAUGAGUCGGAAAUCAGGGCCGCUUCGAACUCAGUACAUCACUGCUAUGGUGCAAUUAGUGACGAACGGAUACGCAACAGAAUUCAGACGAAUGUUUUUCUCCUUGAACCUUGAUGAUCAGAAGUUCCUAUUCAUCUACAUCUGUAAACAGCUCUCAGACGACAACACUGUCCUGCUAGUACAAGCAAUAGUUCUGGAAGCUGAGAUGUAUGAGAAGCAAUCAAUGCUCCUGGGAAACAAAACUAAACAAUACCAAAUACCAGAGAGAUGCAGUAUAACAAGAGAUAAGCUCCAGCUUCAGCAUAAGAUUCAGGAGAUAUCUGCCCAGGUUAUCAGGAUCAUGAAGCAAACCUACGGAGAAAACGAAGACAGUAUUCUCACCUACCUUGCAUCUACCGGUAAAUCAGAAGCUUUGUCCUAUAUGCUCACCAAGAAUCCAGCAAAAGCUCAGGUUUCUAAACAUGAACUCUACGCAAUGGAAAAUCUAUUUGGUCAGAACCUAUUCGUGAUCCUUCAAACUCAGGGUUCUAGUUUGACCAGGCAGAAGGAGGAAGGUUUAGACCUUAUCAGGGAGAAAUAUGAGGAUAGAAAAGAUGCUCUUAACAAGAUAAAAGCUCUUCUUCCUACUUCCAGUAAGGGUAGAGACACUCUGGAGAGUUUAAUGGGCCGAUAUGAAAUGACUCCGCAGGAAAAAAUUAAAAUUUUUCUCCAAGGUGGAAUUCCCUUUGUCUUCAGCACAACAUUGUGGGCUUUUGAUUUUAGCACUGACAUCAAGGUUUCAGUUGAAACUGCAAGUUGUAUUUUCUUCUAUCCCAGCAACAACACUAUAAAAGGUUUUUCUGAAGAAAAUGAAAUUAACUGUUCCAGAUUUGAGAAGAAUGAUUGGUUGAUAUUAUCCAUCCUCUCCUUUCUCCACAUUUUUAUCCCCUUCAUACUCUUCCUCAUCUUCGACUACCUCAUGGCAAACCAGUUUGAGAAUAUUCCUAUCAAAUCAAGAAAAUCAAUCAAAGUUUUAGGUUUGAUAAUAUCCCCAGUAACCUCCAAGUUUAUGCGAAUGUACCAGUUUAUUCAGUAUAAUCUAUGCCCUAAAGGUCCUGACAGGAAUAAGCAGCAGUCUGAUCUGAUAGCAGUUUCUAAACUAAUGGUAGUGAUAGCUGUUAUAGAAACUAGUCUGGAGGCUAACUAUCAACUUUAUAUUAAUUUUAUCCUUUUCACACCAAACAUUCUCAGGAUUUUGAUGGCUGUUCAUUCUUAUGAUUUUGAUAAGUUCGAUUUACAAAACAGAAGUUUUGCCAUAAUUACCUCCUACGUGUCCCUGGUCUGGGUUAACUCCGCAUUCAAGGUCCACUCUAAGAAAGGUGCCCUGGAUUUUAAAUCUAGUCCUGCUGCCAGGUUAAUCCUAAUCCUGACCUUUGCUACUGAAAUCCUCGCUAGGCUGGUCAUCUUCACAUUUUUCUCAUAUACAGAUCAAAAUCAAAAAGGGAAGGUAGACUGGAGAUGGUCCCUGUAUUUCUUCUAUGGUCACAUUUUCUUCUGUUUCUGCCUAAAUAUCCUUCUUAACGAUUCUUCUAUAGUGAAGCACUGUAAACACCCCAUCUUCUACAUGGAAGCCCUGAUCAAUGCGUUUAGUAGUAUCUUCACCUACUCCAACUAUACCAUCUACAAUAUCAAGAAUAGAAACCAGGAGCACUCCAGGACCUUCGUCAGGCAGAUCAUCUUUCAGAUCAUCUUCUUCAUAGAGUUCAUUGUAAUGCUAGUGUACUGUCUGCUCUACAGACCUGAAAGUAUUUAUGACGAGGAUGGGAACAAAAUCAAAAUAUCAGACUGGGGAUUUAGAGUGGGAAUAGCAACAGUGACAGUUCUCUACAUAUCAGGACUUUGCUUUAGAAUUCUGUACUACAGGUUUCAUCCUUGGAUGGUUGAUAUUGAACCAUCUCUUGAGGUUCAGGUUCUAGGAAAAACCUAUGAUCUCUCCACGCUUCAUCAGAAACCAGUUGUUUACUUCCAAAGUUCACUCUUCCAGGAAGAGAAAAUAAAAAGAAUCAAAACUUCUUCAGAUUUUUCUACUCCUUGAAAAUUUACAAAUAUUUAUAAAUUCCUACAGAAAAUCAAAUCUAAAAACAGAGGACUGAACUUUUGGAUGAGCUAAACAUUCCACAACGGAAACUGUUUAUUUAAAGCAAUUACGUACUGAAUUCAUGAAAAUAUCCUCUGACACUCAUUGGCCGAGAACAAAUAUAAAAAGGUUUCUGAUUGGUCCAAUUUUUUUAAAUGAAAAAACCUCAGACCUUCAAAGAUAUCCAAAAGUAUUAAAUUUAAUCCGUCGGAGAAAAAGAUAAAGAUAAGUGCUUUUUGUAAGGAUUAAUGAUCUCAAAAGUUCUUGAUAUAAAGUAAAA